AAAGAGAGUACAUGAAAAAUGGCAGAGAGGGUUCACCCCAACAAAAUUCAGACAUAUAUGGAAUUAAUUGACUCCCGUAGAAAACGAAAGUCCACCUCUUCUGCUGAACCACCUAGGAAGAAUGCAAAAGUCUCAGAUUCCCUCACUGGCUCUGGGCAGGUAACACAGGCGACGUUUGACAAGCUUGUGCUAACGUUUGUAUGUGAGGCCAACCAGCCAUUCUCUGUAGUUGAGACAACAUCUUUCAAGACUAUGAUGGAAACCUUGCAACCUCAGUGCACAGUAAUGACAAGUAAAAGGUUAUGCUCAGAAAUACGGGAAGCUGCAAAGAACAUGAAGAGCAUAAUCAUCAAAAAGCUGAGCACAGUGAAUUAUGUCGCUACCACAACAGACUGCUGGUCUGCCAGACAACAUAUCUACUUGGGAGUCACCUGUCACUGGAUAGAUGAAACCUCUCUAGAGAGGCAUUCUGCCGUGCUGGCUUGUAGACCUCUUAAAGGCUCACACACAUUUGAUGUUCUUGCUGCAGAAUUAGAGGAAAUACAUUCUGAGUAUCACAUCAGGGAAAAAGUGACCAAGACGACAACAGACAGUGGUUCAAACUUCUUGAAAGCCUUUCAAUUAGAUGGUGAAGAGAAAGAGGAAGAAACACCAGAUGGACAGGAGUAUGGAGACUCCACCCUUGAUGAGAAUGAGUUAGAGGUGGAGUAUCAGGACGUGUCUGCCGUUUUGAAUGACAACACAGGUCUUGAGUACCAACUUCCACGACACCAAAAGUGUGCACGUCAUCUACUCAAUCUUAUAUCAACAGUUGACGCAGCUGCUGCAGAGACUGCCAAUGAAACAUACAAGAGGCUGUCUCGGUCUGCUUUUGCAAAAUGUCAUGCUCUGUGGAAUAAAACCAGCAGGUCAACCAUGGCCUAUGAAACAGUGGAGCGGGAAUGCAAGCUGCAGUUUCUGCGACCCAGUCCGGCCCGUUGGAGCUCCCUGUUCCUUGCUGUGGAAAGGGUUGUGCGCAUUCAGAAAGAGCAAGGAGAGAAAGCAAUUCGCAAUGUUUGCUCAGCAUUAAAGAUAAAGAUGUUCAAUCCUGCUGAAUUGGGAUUUUUGGCUGAAUACACUGCUGUGAUGAAGCCCAUUGCCAUGGCCCUUAACAUCCUCCAAGGGGAAUCGUCUGUGCAUAUGGGCUUUUUGCUGCCAACGCUUUACCAGUUGCAGGAGAAGCUGAAGAGGCUGGAGUCAUCUUGCAAUAUGUGUAGACCUCUUGUUGCUGCCCUGCAGGAAGGGAUCCAGAAACGUUUCGGAGACGUCAUGAAAGAGCCUGAGCUGACUGCAGCAGCAAUACUCCUACCAAGAUUCAGAACAUCCUGGACCGCAGAUGAGAGCAUCUUAAACGCUGGCCUUGUCUUCAUCAGACAUCACCUGGACACAGAUGUGGAUGAUGAAGAUGACUUCUUUGGAUCCAUGGGGUCAGGAAAACCAGAAGCAGCAGAGCUGGAUAGGUACCUUUCAUGUCCAUCCGUCGGAGGUAUGGAUCUAUUGCAUACCUUUCCUCGCAUCAAGAAGCUGUCACUCAAAGUCAACACGGGCCUUCCUGCGUCUGCAGCCUGUGAGAGACUUUUUAGGCAAGCGGGGCUCCUGUUCACGGCUAAACGGUCGCAGCUUCACUUUAAUGGCGUGGGAUACAUUCUUAUCUUUGUAAUCCUAUCCAUCCAUCUUCCAAACCCACUUCAUCCUGAGAAGGGUGACAGGGAAGCUGGAGCUCAUCCCAACCAGCAUCAGGCGUAA